AUGGAGCUUUUCGGGACCUUCGUCCCGAACAGCGUCCGCCUGUGCCGUGCUCGGCCCGGCAGCGCGGGCAACAUCAAGACCUUGGGCAACACCUACCAGUUCACGGUGGACGUCAGUGACUUCGCCCCUGAGGACAUCAUCGUCACCACCUCCAACAACCAGAUUGAGGUGCACGCCGAGAAGCUGGCCGGCGACGGCACCGUCAUGAACACCUUCACCCACAAAUGCCAGCUGCCCGAUGACGUGGACCCCACGUCCGUGUCCUCCUCGCUGGCAGACGACGGCACGCUGACCAUCCGGGCCCGUCGGCAGCCCGCCCAACACACCCCGACUCGGCGCCCCGCCAAACACACCGAGCACGUCCAGCAGACCUUCCGGACUGAGAUCAAAAUCUGAGCGGCUGGCGUGCGCGGGGGGGGAUUUUGGGGAGGGAAACGGGCCGGAUCACACCAGAAAGGCUUAAUUCCCCCGAGCCGCCCUGGCCUGGCAUCGCUCUAGAUGUAGACGCAGGAGCACAGCCGUCCCUUGUAGAUGAUGUUUGGGUAGCGUUUGGGCUAACACGGGUAUUUAUUUAGCUGCGUGAGCUCAGGGGAGGAGGUCCCAGGACAGGAUCGCGCCUCCGCUCCUGGCAGAACCAGCCAGCAUCCUAGGCAGGCCGCUCCAGGAGGCACAGCAGCAUCCCCUCUCCGACACCUGCAGCUCCCUUCGAGGCACGAACCUCCUCCUUGGGGCAAAACCCGCGGGAAGCGGUGCAUAUCCACUCGGACGCGACGCCCGUUCAUGGGCAGACAUCCUUGGCCGUGGAGAGAAGAGCCCCAGACGCAUCCUGCUCUGCGCUAAGCACCGUAGGCUGGAGGGGAGCCCUGGCUCGGGAUGCCCCGAUUUUUGGGCUCGCGACAGUAGCCAGAGCCUUUGCCAGAGCUUGGGAAGAUCUUAGAGGUGGGAGAGCCUGUGAGAUUUGCAGCCGCGGUCAUGCAAGGAGGGUGCGGGAGCAGUUCAGCCCUGGAUAUGGGCUGCAGGGAGCCAGGCUGGGGCGCGAAACCUUCCCCGAGCCUCUGCCAGAGCGUGUCUCCGUAUAUACAGCUUGU